UCACGUUAUGGCACAGGGGGAGGCCUUCGUGGACGAUAUGGAAUAGCACGAGUGCAGAUCUUGAAGAACAAAGAACGCUUUCGGCCCGUCUUUGAGUGAUGCAGAGCCAGGUGCCUGCUGAGAGCGCUCAUCACUUCCAAGAGGUGGGCAGAGGCUGCUCAGACGAUGGCAGAUGGAAAAGUGCCACAUCAAUUUCGUUGUUUGUGUUGUGCCUGCCUCAAUGCGGAUACGCGCAGCUGGUUGAGAGGGGCACCCGUGAUAUAGAGGAGCUGGAGCGGCUCAGGAAGGAGCACUCUGACGUCGACAAGCUCCUCGGUAAACUGCAUGCACUCACUCAGAAUGUCUGUAAUCGAUCGAUGAAUGGAUGGAUGGUGUGUGUCGUGUAGAGGAGCUCCCGACCACCCUCCGCAGAGAGGCGAUGGUGAGAGGCCGACCGACCAGCAGUGCACACAUAACACCUACCUGUGCCAUGUCGGUUGUUUGUUGUUGCGGGGUGGGUUGGUCCGGUUGGUUCAGGUUCCGUUUGGCGAGGGUGCGUUCUUCGUGGGCGAGUUGGUGCACACCAACGAGGUCAUGUGCCACGUCGGCGACCGCUACUACAUACACAGGACGGCACCCAACGCACGCAGGAUGCUUCAAAGGAGAAUCGGUGGUACGAUGGAUACGACCGCACACACUCAGACGCCGAAAUCAAUACACACGCAUCCGCACUAUACGUAUGUAUCAAGGAAGAGAGAGCCGUGUCUGUCUGUCUGUCUGUGUGGGCUGGUUGAUCGAUCAGAGAUAGACAGUAAGCUCGAGAAUCUGCGCAAGAGCGUGACGAUGGCCAAGGAGGCCGUCCGCAUCGCACGGACAGAGCCAAUACUCCCAAGGGGCAAGAAGGGAGUCAUCACGCUGGUAGGUGGGAUGUGAUCACACAGCCAGCCACAGUAAAUAAUACAGACAGCCGUAGCCAGGAUGCCUAUUGUGUGUGUGCAGGCGGACGAUGGGACGGUGGCGAUCCGCGAGCGUCCGAGUGAGAAGGACGAGGACAUCGCCGACCGAUUUGAGAAACGUGCGCAGGACGACCAAUGGGACUACAUGCCCAGGAACUUCUUCAAACCCCUCGUCAAGACCACCGCUGCGGCACCGGGCGGCAAGGCCAAGGCCAAGGACAAGGACAGAGACAAGGAGAGUGGCAGGAGGGGCAAGGGUGCUGACGACAAGAAAAAGGUGGUGACCAAGGGCAAGAAGGCCCCCAAGCGACACGAGGACUACUACAAGGCCUUCCCCAACGUCCCCCCUGCCAUGAUCGAGCUCAUGAGAAAGGAGGACGCCCAGGGUGUGUCCGACGAUGAGGCAGCGGAGAGCGAGGAGGACAACAAGGCGGUGGAGCCCUUCAUGGACGCCAUCGAGAAGGUGCGCGCCAAGCAGAAGGCUGCUGAGGCUGCCAAAACCAACGGUGCGGCGCCGGCGGCGGCAUCAGGUGGUGACGAGACAGUUCAGGAGGUGCCGAUAGAGGUUGAGGAGUCAGAGGAGUCUGAUCAGGAGGGGGCUGGGCCGCCUCUGCCAUUCCUCCUGAAGCCUUCACCGGGGGAGCAGCAGCAGCUACAGCAGCAGCAGCAGCCUCCAUCGGGUCCAUCAGCCCCGUCAGCACCAGCACCGGCCGAGCCGCCGAGGCCACGUUGGGCAGAGGAGCCUGUUGCAGCCCCUCAGGCCGCAGCCAAGGGAGACAAGGAAGACACAUCCAAAGACAUCUACAAGUGGGUGGAGCGGCAAAACACACACAUAACACAUACAUAUGUUGCGCCAUAUUUGAUUGACGAUGGAUGGAUGCACCUUGGUAUUCUGCCCAUCAGGUUGAUGGGCCAGUCUCUCGCCCGCACAGGCAAAAAGGGCACGAAAUCUGGUGCUGCGACAGCACCAACACCAGUACCCCGGAGCGAGAAGCCCUUCCCCGCCCCUCCCCCGGCCAUGCCCCCCAUUGCCGAGGAUGCACCAGGCACCAGUGAGGCCUUCUCGGGCCGCAUCAUCGAAAGGAUCACUCCCCAACAGGCCGAGGUCCGCCGUGGGAUGGUGGCAGAGAGAAUGGGAGGCUCGUCGCCGUCGUCGUCUGCUGCUGCUGCCGCUGGUGCUGGUGCUGGUGGAGGUGCAGCCGAGAGGCCUGUUCGUGUGUCGCGGUUCAAGCAGCAGAAGAUGGCAGAGAGAGAAGCGGCUGCGCGGGGGGACAGGUAGGGAAUGCAUUAAUGGAUUGGCUGAUUGGUCGGUCGAGCGUUGGGCGGACUGAUUGGAUUGAUGGCUUUGUGACGUACUUAAUGCACUCACUUCCGCAUUUGCGCAUGUGUGUAUGUAUUGGUGAAGAGAGUGAGUGAGGGCUUGAAUCGGACAAAGGUAUUUGUUGUAUGUGUUGUGGUUGGUCCCGG